AUGGCGGCGGGCUCCGAUUUACUGGAUGAUGUUUUCUUCAACACAGAGGUGGACGAGAAAGUAGUUAGUGAUCUAGUUGGGUCUUUGGAGUCUGAGCUCACGGGAUCGGGUCGUGGAAAGUCUUCAGUUGGGGUCCAGGCUGCAGCAAAUCACAUUGACAACUCAGCUGUUGGUCGCAAUUCCAAUGUCCAGGACAGCGAAAUGGGACUUUCACAAGAGCUUGCUAAACCAGGGACUGGCGUGCCAGGGGGGGUCAUUAAUAGUAGGAGGUCCCAGGGUUCAACCAUGUAUGCUGCGGUCGGGACAACGGCGGUGGGAUCGAGCAUGACAGCCGGGCACAGUCCGAGCAAGACUGGGACAAGCAGUGGUGUGAUAACGGAGGUUCCCGAUCACGCAGCUGGGACCAGAAAAACUGGGGCGGCUGGUGUACAAACUUUAAAUGGAAGGAGCAUUGUGAUAAACUCUCAUAAUUCAGGAAGUGUUGCCGCUUUGGUGAACUCGGAAAGCAGCACUGUGCCCGCCGUCGCGGUUGUCAACAACGGACCGAGCUCCGUAGUCAAAGGAAACGUAGUCUUACCUUCAACUUCCAGCACAGUCAUUCAAACACCUCUUAUGCACAGUGCUGUCACUUCAACUGUGAUAUCGUCUCAGCUGUCUGUUCUAAACAGUGUGCCCACUGUCACGCUCGUGAGGCCGCCUAUGCAAACCCUCGGAACAGUCACCGCGCAGAGCGGGAGCAAUAAUACGGUUCUGAUACGAUCUGUCAACGUUGCCAACCCUGCAAGUUCAGAAGCGCAAAUCAACACAUUGGAGUCUUCAAAAACGACCACACAAACGACUUCAGAAGUGACCGCCCCCAGUGUUGUAGGUAAAAGCCUGGUUUUACAAAAUGUGAGGACCUCCAUCCCAUCGACUAUUGCAGUCUGUCCUGGUGGGAUGAAGGCGAUCGCGCCACAGGUGUUCUCCCCGAGACUUCCGCAACCCCAACAAAAUGCUUCAAACAUCCAAAACAUUCAGCUCCCUCCAGGCAUGGUGCUGGUACGCAGUGAGAGUGGGCAGCUUCUGGUGAUCCACCAGCAGACCCUGGCCCAGAUGCAAUCCCAGUCCCAGAGCGCCAUGACCCCACGGGCAGCCACCCCCACCAGCACUCCCCCUGUCCAGAUCACUUCUGUACAGGCUCCAGGGACGCCCAUGAUGUCCCGUCAGGUGACCCCCACCACCACCAUCACUAAGCAGGGCUCCACGGCCCAGACCACCGUCCAGGCCACCACCACCCUCCAGAGGCCUCCUGUACUACAACAGAACACCAUUAUGCUGGGUGGAGCGGCCGCCACCUCAGGUCAGGCUCCAGUGCAGCCUUGCUCGGCAGCAGUCACCCAGAGAGCAGGGACACCAGGCACCCCCACGGUCGUUUCUACCAUGGAGAUCCUGGAGAAUGUGAAGAAGUGUAAGAACUUCCUGUCCACGCUGAUCAAACUGGCAUCCAGCGGGAAGCAGUCGUCUGAGACCACAGCCAACGUCAAGGAGUUAGUCAAGAGCCUGCUGGAGAGUAAGAUCGAAGCGGAGGACUUCACCAGUCGGUUAUACCGGGAGCUCAACUCCUCUCCUCAGCCAUAUCUCGUGCCUUUCCUCAAGAGGAGUCUUCCUGCACUGCGUCAAAUGACCCCAGACUCGGCAGCCUUCAUCCAGCAGAGCCAGCUGCCUCACACUGGUGCCCAGCCUGCCGCCACCUCCAAGGCCUUGACUGCUGCGGUGCUGGGGGGCACGUCCACGGCACAGAACUCCCGUCUCAACAGAAGUAGCCCUGGGGCCAAGGGGACCAUGCACCAGUCUCCUGUCAUCAGCCUGGCCCAGACACCUCAUAGCAAGCCUGGCCUGAUGGUGCCUCAGCAGCAGGGGGCAAUGGGGAGGCCUCAGGUGACUCUGGCCCAGUCACCCAUGGUUACGCUCCGAGGCCAAACCCACAGUCACAUCAUCAUGGGGCAGCCGCAGGUGGUCAGACAGCUUCAGACAGUGAAGCAGGCUCUAGCACCAGGAGCCAAGGUAACACUGGGGCCCCAGUCUAUGCUCUCUGUAGCACUGAAGAACAGGCAGAAGGAGGCAGGCGGAGGAACCUUCAAGGAUGAUGAUGAUAUAAAUGAUGUGGCCUCUAUGGCUGGAGUCAACCUAUCAGAGGAGAGUGCCCACAUUCUGGCAACCAACUCUGAGCUGGUCGGCAUGGUGACUCGCUCUUGUAAAGACGAGGCCUUCCUCUACACCUCCUCACUAACCCAGAGAGUACAUGAGAUAGGCGGGAGGUUAGGGGUGACUGACCUGGGGCCGGAGGUGAUCAGCUACGUGUCCCAUGCUACACAGCAUCGGCUGCAGAACCUGCUGGAGAAAUUGACGGUGGUGGCGCAGCAGAAAAACAUCACCUUCAAGGAGGAUGAUAAGUGUGAACAGGUGAGUGACGUGCGAGCACAGCUGAAGUUCUUUGAGCAGCUGGAUCAGAUGGAGAAACAGAGGAAGGAGGAGCAGGAGAGAGAGAUCCUGAUGAAGGCAGCUAAGUCUCGAUCACGACAAGAGGACCCAGAGCAGCUUCGGCUUAAACAGAAGGCUAAAGAGAUGCAGCAGCAGGAACUGAAUCAGAUCAGGCAGAAGGAGGCCAACAUGACGGCCCUGGCAGCCAUCGGCCCCAGGAAGAAGAGGAAAAUGAACUCCCCUGUCAGCGGAACCGGGGCCGAGGACUUGUGCUCUGGUCCCUCUCCGUCAGGUGGGUACAGUAGCGGAGGCUCCAGGCCUCAGCGCCAGCGCAUCACCCGGGUUAACCUCAGGGACCUGCUCUUCUGUCUGGAAAAUGAGAGGGAGACCAGCCGCUCACACCUGCUCUAUAAAGGCCUCCUCAAAUAACACAGGGAUUAGGGAGACAGACAGAGACCAGCCACUCCCUAUAGCACCUCCCUAACAGACAGAGACCAGCCACUCCCUAUAGCACCUCCCUAACAGACAGAGACCA